CACGUGCUAUCUCUCCAUACAGGUAACUCCUCUGGUACAGACCAGCCAGGGGACUGCAGCAGAAGAGAACGGGGUGAAGUUGCUGCAGCCAGCCGUGUCGGGUGGUGGCAGCAUUUUCCAAGACCCUGUCAGCUCUGGAGCUCCGAGCAGUGCGCUGGAGAGUUCUGAAGCCAUUCAUUCAACUUCAGCCCAGACACAGCUCAGUGGGUGUGCAUGGCUGGGUAAAACACAAGUACAAAUUGCAUUUGAAAAGUAUUUUCUCGGAUCACCCCACAUAGCUGAGCCGUACCUGAGCCACAGUUGUGUCAGUGGCUUUGAAAUUGUCUUGCAAGGGCUCUGCCCAUACUACCAGGCCCAGGUGCAUUAGCUCGAGCUGAGUCCUCAGGGUGCAUCAGGUCACCAUGCCCCCAUACUGCGAUUUGAUGCCUUCUGCAGUGGAAAAAAAGAGGGAGAAUGGAUCCUGUGCCAAGGCUGAGCCUACAUAUUUCCAGGAAGACUCUCAGAAAGGAAAAGGACAGACUCACGUGACCAUCCCUUGGCAGGGUGGAGAGAGAAGCACAAAGUCUCCUCAAGGCUGCCCGGCCACGGUCUCGCCAUGGAUGUAUUGCUUGCUGAUUCUGAGUGUGGCUCUCAAUCUCUGUCUUGCAAUUCCCCUCAUCGCACGCUCGGCAAAGAGGCCUGAACAGCAUCCAGCUGCUCCUGCCAUCCCCGUGCUGUCCUGUCCUGCUGGCUGGAUCGAGUACCUGGGGAGAUGUUACUAUUUCUCCGAGGCCAAGGGGAGCUGGGACUCCAGCCAGAGCAACUGCUCUUCUCUCGGUGCCUCCCUGGCCAGGAUUGACAAUGAGAAGGAAAUGGCCUUUCUAAUGCGCUAUAAAGGACGCUCAGCCUCCUGGAUUGGCCUCCGGAGGGACUCAGGCCAGCCCUGGCAAUGGGCCGAUGGCACCAACUUCACUCACUGGUUUCCGAUACUGGGCCAAGGACUCUGCGCUUACAUGAAUGGCAAUAAUCUUGCCAGCUCCAGCUGCACCAAGCAAGGACUCUGGCUCUGCAGCAGACCAGCCAAGGAACCCAAAUGCAAAGCGAGUGAUUGACACAGGCCUGCCACCCCACUCCUCUUCCUGGCUCUUGAACCCUUCAAAGAGAGGCUGCCUCGAGCACUUUGGGCCCUUAUACACAUACUUGGCAUUUAGUUUUUAACAAUGUUCCUGGUUUAAUUUUUCUUUCUUAGCUUAAGGCAGCUAAAUAAAUAACAUGGAUGUGAUUUACCACA